AUGUGUCAUUGGAAUUGGAUCGAGUGGAACAUUCCUUCUUCCCAAAUUGUUUGUUCUGGGGUUUAUGAUGGUUUUGAUGUUGAUUAUGAUAUCGUUGAUCUGAAUGAGGAGCGGUCAAGGGUUGCUGGAAUUGAGAACUUGAAAAUGAUAACUCCAAGAAGAAAAACUUUCUCACUUAAGUACAAGGAACCUAAGCUUGACAGUUUGCAAGGAUUGAUCUCUGAAUUGACUCUAAAUAAGCGUAGUGACUUUGAAAAAGACUAUGGGAAAAUUUUGAACCUUCUGUUUAAGAAAAUUGACUAUGGGAUUAUCAGCUCUCUGGCACAAUAUUAUGAUUUGCCUCUACGUUGUUUCACAUUUUCUGAUUUUCAACUAGCUCAUACAUUGGAAGAAGUUGAGAGAAUUAUGGGUCUAAAGUUGAAGGAUUUCAAUCCAUCUCCAAAGCUUGAAGAGGAAGUGGGACCAAAGAAGAUAAUGUUAGUCCUAGGGACAGAUGUCCCAACUGUUCUAGCUAAUUGGAUCGAGAAAGGGUGUUUUAAAGGUUUUGCCAUGAGGUUCUUGGAAGAAUUAGCUCUGAAAUUUAAGAAAGCAAGAAAUUGGAAAGCAUUCUAUGAUGUGUUGGAUCUAUUGAUCCAUGGGAUUAUGCUCUUCCCAAACAUUGAAAAAUUUAUGGAUCAUGUAGUCGUAGAAGUAUUUCUCUCUGGCAAUCAUGUGUCGUUUCUCCUAGCUGACAUUUACCAUGUUUUUCACGCUCGACAUGAAAAGAGGGGUGAAACUUUAUUGUGUUGUGCUCCUUUGCUUUAUACUUGGUUUAUGCAACAUAUGCCCGAAAAAGGUCAUUUCAUAGCAAAAGAGCUUAAAUAUCCUCAAAGACUAGCUUCUCUCACCGCAACAACUAAGGGUUGUAUCAAUUACAACCCUAUGUUAUCUCAGAUGCAACACAACUACUCCAUGAAUGGUCCUCCUGAAGCCAAAGACUUACAACUAUUUGUGCUCUUUGACAUCCAAGUAAGUAAUCCUGAUGUGAGAACAAUCCGAAAGACUUGGUUGAAGAUUGUUAGAAAGGUUCCUGAGCUAAAACCUAUACUUCCUGAGGAUGUUGAGAAACUCAAUGCUAAGGUUAAGGAGCUCGAAUUGGAGAAUAUUGAGUUGCGGAUUAAGAUGAAUUAA